ACGCCGUCGGUGAAUACACUGGCCUGAGGGUAUGGCGGCGAAGGAGAUCGACGUGGGGAGCAGCAGUUCCUUCUCCGGCGGAGAUCCAUGUCCGAUUUGCCUCGGACCCAUACUCCAAGAAUCCUAUCUCGAUACAUGUUUCCACAAGUUUUGUUUCGGUUGCAUCAAACAAUGGAUCAAGGUUGUUUCCAGCAAGGUCACUAAGCCUUUGUCUUCUGUUAAGUGUCCUCUCUGUAAGACGGAUAACAUCUCAAUCAUCUACAACUUCGAUGGACACUCUUUUGACCGGCAUUAUGUUGACCCUAAUAUUACAGAUGGCUUUGUCCUAACAAAGGAACAUAGAUAUAGAUUGCAGUGUUACUACACCGAGUCAGGUUUCUUGGCGGAUGUGUUUGACGUUCCUCGGUUUUGGAAACUGAAGAAGUUACUCCAGCGAAAUCGGUGGCUUGAAUCCUGGUUGAGAAGGGAGCUUCAAGCUCUGAUGCAGGAGGAAGAUGUUGAUAUCGUUCUGCAUCAUCUGGUCGGUGCAAUGGAUUCCUUCUGCAAAAGAACCGAGCAGCGACACAAGCAAGAAACAAGAAGCGCAGAGGCCUUUCAAGAACAAUUCAAGACAGUCAUAGCAGAGGCGGCUCGUCCUUUCUUAAUGGCGAGAACAGACCGGUUUGUGGACGAGUUAGAACUCUUCCUAGCAUCAGGUCUAAACAUGGAAGCUUACGACGCAGUUUAUAAGCAGAGAUUAGAUAAGAACAACUCAAGAGAGAUCGGUGUAGCUAAUGAAUCAAGAGAAGAAGAAGAGAACAGAAGAACAAGAGUGACUCCUAACUUGUUCCUUUUUGAAGAAGACUCGGAUUGAGGCAGAAAAGUACUCAUCACUUGUACUAUGUAAAGAAACACACAACUCUUAGGCCUUCAAGUGUGCUAUACUGAUUACUUGUGUGUAAAGAAACACACAACGCAUAGGGCUUCAAGUGUACUGUACUAUUACUUGCGUGUAAAGUUAACGUUUUUUGCCCUCACAAAACCAAACACACAACAUACCAUUUAUUCAGA